AUGAGCAAGGAGCUUGUUUCCCGUCACCCUAUUUGGGAUUCCAAGAAGAUGCUGUGCAGGAGGAUAUAUACCAACAUCCAGCUGUCAGAUGUUGGGGGUAUACUUUGUAGAUUAUGCAACCUUUCAAUGCCCUUCCAUGGAUGUCUUUUGGAUUUUGGAACCUGCAGAACAAAACCUGGUCAGUAUUGUAUGAAACAGACUCACAUAAGAGGAGGAAUUCAGUGGUAUUCCAUUUCGGGCUGCACAGAGACCCAAGAUGACUGCUUCAAGAAGAGUAAAAUAUCUUCUGGAAUGAGGGCUACCUACUGUUGCCAGCGUCCCCUGUGCAAUUUCUGAGCCAGUGGCGCAUUUCCAAGUUGCCUGAUGG